CAUGUCAGCGGUGGCGGCGGAGGAGCGCAAGUUCGAGAGCGAGGAGCGGCGAUGUGGGCGUCUGGAGCAGGACCUCGCCACGGCCACACUGCAGAGGGACGGCGCCAACCAGGAGAUCAUACGUUUGCAGAAGGAGAUCGCAGGCCUCACCCAGAGCUACAAGAGCCUGCGGGAAGAGCUCGAGAAGUGCCAAAUAUCGAAGGAUAACUUUAAGAAAAAGGCGCAGGAAUAUUGCAGGACUUUAGAGGAGCUGACACAUAUCCUGUCCUCAAAGGACUCGGAACAGUCCAGCCUCAAGAAGCAGUACCUCAACCUCAACGAAGCGGUCUCAUCCCUCAAGUCCCUGAACCAAUCCCUGGAGGAGAACAUCAGCUCGAGGGAGAAGGAGAUGACGAAGAUGGAGGCGAUGAUGGCCAAGUUCAAGGAAGAGAGGGAGGAGAUUAUCAGUCAGAUGAUGGAGGCAAGCCAGAAGUGCGACCAACUUGAAGAAGCCUGCAAGAAACUCGAAGAGGAGAAAUACAACAUUGAGAAGGACCUCAUCAACACGCGUGACCUGACGCAGAAACUGGACAUGAAGAGAGGUCAGGCCGAGGGGGAGGUGGCCAGACUUUCCACUAGCCUCGAGAAGGUGAUGUCACAGAAGCGUUCCUUGGAGCAGAGACUAGAGGCCAUCAGCAGCCAGCUGAACAGUGAACGGACUACAGUGAGGUCGAUGGAGGAAGUCCUCAACGACAAGCGCAGGUCCGAGUGGUCUCUGGAGGCCAAUAACAAGCAGCUGGAGGUGGAGAAGGGCCAGCUGCAGAGAAAGAUAUCAGAACUGCAAGCUCAACUGGAGGAUGAAAUGUCAGAGGGGAAGAGAUUUAGAAUAAGAACCACGCAGCUAGAGAGUGACCUGGAGAGACUUAGACGGGACCUGACGGAUGAAAGGUUUGAGAGAGAGAAAGCUUCACAGGAACUGCGACGGGUACAGAGAUUCCAAAACAUUAACCGUGCAUUAGAUGCCCUUGGAACAACACCUUCCCCCCCUGGGACUAAAGAGGGAUCACGACCCCCAGUCAAGGUGUUGCCUCCUGACCCCCACCCUACUCCAGUCUCCUCAUCAUUACCCAGUAGAGCCGACUCCCCACCGGCGGCAGAAUCACAGGGGGCGGCCCAGUUAGAGCGGCGCCGUAGUUUUAGUAAAGCACAUGCAUCCCACCUCCACAGCUCCUCCUCAGACACAGGACUUGAGAGGAGCCAGGCUGUCUCCAGCAGCUCCGACUCCCAAAAGGAGCCCUGGAGACUGGCAUUUGGGAGCACCUCUUCCCAGCUGUCCCGCCGAGCGACUAGCCAGGAGUCCAUCCACCCGUCCCCCAUCACGUACAGACGGGCAACAGAGGACAGCCCCCUCACUAGAGUAGGAUCCACAGGGAGGCUCGCAACCUCCUCAAUCUCCUCACAAGCAGGAGCAACCUUGACAACCUCACGUGACAGAGAUCUGGAUAGUAGACAAAGCAUUCCGAGUGUGAGACCCAAAGACCCCAGCACAAGGUUGAGCAAGCAGCCUACCAGUGGUGGAGAGUCAGAUAGCUGGGGCUGAUAGGAAAAGUAAUUUGUGCUUCUUGGUAGUUUUUUUUAUUUUGUUUUAUUGGUUUGUGUGUAUUUUUAAAAAAAUCAUCACCUGCAUAUCUUAUUUUGUAGUAUAUAUUAGAGCUUUUGCACCAGUAUGUUUAGUUAUAGGCAAAAUUUGUAAAGAUAAACUAAGUGGGAUUAUACUCCUAUAUUUGUAGCAGUUGUCAACACUAGUAGCUUUAUAUAUGAGCUGACUUCCAUUAUAACUUUUAAGUAUAUUAUCUGAUUUUUAUUUUUUUAAUAUUUCAGGUUAGAAACAGAACUGUGAUAAGAUUAAUUUUAUUUGUAAAUCCAAUUACUGAUGUUAUAUUUUUUCACCCUCACAAGAAUCUCCCACUUGAAUUCUGCCUUGAAUUUUUUAAGACUAUUAUUUUGUAGCACAUAAUUAUAAACAUUGAAAAAGAGAUAAUAAACAAAACAUGAUGAAUAACAAGCAAAAGAAAGUAACACAAAAGACAGGUUAGUUACUAAGUUUUCAUAAAUAUUCUUGUUACUUUUUCUGUGAAUUUCUGAGUCUCGUCUGCUCACUUUCCACCCCCCUAGAUGACUUGUUUUGCAACAGCAGUUAUCUCAAGUUUAAUUCCAUAAGACUUCUUGUGUCUUAGCAACUCAAACCUUCUUUCAGGACUAUUCUUUUAGUGUAUCUUUGAAUGCACAUUUCUCACUCAAAACUUUAAAAUAUUCAAAGUGCAGUCAACAAGUAUGCGUUAUGCAAAGUUAAAAGUAUUUACAAAAAUUCUAGAUCUUCAGUAAUGCUCUCUUAUAUUAGUUAAUUUACAGAAGAGUAGUAAAACACAUAGGGAAAUGAGUGCUAUAAUUCUUGAUGUUUAUUCCCAUCUCAUUUGGGCAUUCUCAUUCUUUGAGUUUAAAUCAAUGAAGCUUCUGUUUUUAUUCAUAUUUUUUAGUUUUCUUUCUGGUUGUCAUUGAUAUUUUUGCUAAGUAAAUAUAAGGGUUUGAAAACAGUGUGCAAAUACGAGUUAAUAUGGUGUUAAUACCUAGGUGAGUGUUUUAACUAUAAGCUUUUGGAUGAAUUUAGGUUUGUGUUAUUUCCUAUUCUGCAAGCAGCAAAAACAUUUAAAAUACUACAUUAAGUUAGACGAAUGUCAUAAGCAUGUUUUAACGGCCAAUUUCUCAUUUCUUUCUAGGUGCGCACAUUUCUCAUUUAAGGUAAUGGCAACUGUUAAGGUGCAUGGGAAUGUUGCCACCCUGAUCAUCUUCAGAUUAGGAAUAGCAUCACUCAACUAUUGUAAUGUUAAAUAUUUGUUUGUAUAUGGAGAGCUUUAUAUUCCAUAAUAAUACGGAAAGAUAUUUGUAAGGAAAGAGAAAUGUUUUGUUAGGAUAUAUAGGUGAAUGAUAUUGGGUAUUUAAACAGGGUAACCAAUGGGAGCCAAGGUCAGACUUUGCAACACAAGAUAUUUUGUGGAUAUGACUGUUGUUCUUGCUACCAGAAUUUCUUUUCACAUAAAUGACCAAUACACUCAUAUUAUUAUCAGAUUGAAAGACUUGUUGAUUCCAGGCAAAGUAUGAUAAAAUGGAUAUAUUUUUGACAGGAUAAAAAAUAACGGAAGAGAAACCAUUUCAGAGCAUAUGUAUUCUAUAUUUUCACUGUAAACCUUCCUCUGUUAUGUGGAAGAAGACUUACUGGCUGAAUGUCUAAUAUAUUUUCUCUGUCAGAAUGUUCUCAUUUUAUCUGGAUUACGAGAAUGAGGUUUAGACGAGUAUUGAAUAUCAAAUGGGAAAGACAGAUGGAAAGUGUUCUGCAAGUUUUGGAAUUAGUUUAGCAUUAGAGUUUGCAGAAAAGAGAAGCUUCACUAGUAUGAAUUUAGAAGGAACAUUCAGAGAAAUAUAUAAAAAAUAAAUUGUAGACUCUAUUUAUAUUUUUCACAGAAUGACUUAUGUUAUUAUAUAAUUUUUUCCCCUCCUUUCUACAUUUUGUUGAUAAUUAUUUUCCUUCAAGAAAUUGGUGACGUAUUGGAGAAUCACCGAGUCUUUUUCAUGAAGAGGUUUAUGGGCUGUGAGGUGCUAGAAUCACGGAUCCUGUUUAGCCCUUGACUAUGUGGAUUAACCUGCUUCUUAGUAUGUGACUUUGACUUAACAUCCUUUAAAUUGCUAAUUACCAGGUUGAUAUACACUUCUACGAUCACAGUCUUCUGUGUCAGUCUAUCUUGGUUAUAGAGAUAUAUAAUCAAAUCGUAGUCUGAGGGUUUGUUGUUCCAUGCUGGUUACUUUUGUCAUAUUUCGGAGUUUACUUUUGAACAUUUUUUUAUUUUUACCUAGUAUGGUACAACUUGUCAUGGAUUAAUAUUAAAACAGUAUGAGGAGCAAUGGUUGACCUCCUGGGUUGUAAAGGUGUUCAUACAUAUGUGUUUUCAAAAUUGAGAUCAUGAAAUAGGUCUUGUGGGAUUACAUUUGGCAUUUUCUUUUUCUUUUGUAAAGUAUUUGAACAUUUCCAGAUCCAGUGAGUGUAGAAUAGCUACAUUUAUGCACAGUCAUCUCUAAAUGUUCAUAUAUAUGUCUAAAAUAUAUAUGGGAACAUAAAACAGUUUAUAUUGAUUAAAGACUAGAUGGCUGUCAAGAAUGUACUACGCUAAGUACCACCCCUAAACUUCCUAAUGGCUUUCUUGAAGAUGGUAUCAUCGUCAUUUCUUCCAGUUCAAUUCCUGCUCUUUAACACUGCCUUAUACAAUACGCUGUUUGCCUCAUAUAAAGAUAGCUGAAUGGAAGUCCUUUAAGAUGGUAUUAUCUGAAAUCAUGCAGAAACAUGCAUUAAUAUCAAAUGGAGUCUCAUAAACUAGUCACUGGAUACAUUUAUUAAUUGCAAAACCUUAGUAUAAUUUAUCUGAAGUUAUAUAAAAAAAAGAUGGUAAGACGGAUUUAAGUCUGAUUCAAUAACUUGUUAGAAUAUACAUAUAGUAUUUUUUCCCCAUACAAGUUUAAUCCACAGGGCAGUGUUUUGAUUUUUUAAAUUAUUCCUCCUCAUCAAGUAUCAUGUGAUCACGAGUUCAGUAUUGGUUUUAGGUCCUGAUGUAUACAUAUUCCCCUCCAGAGCUUCAGCAGAUUGAAACACUAUUAUUCCUAUAUUAUUAUUUGCAGCACUGUAGUAUGUUACUGAUAGAUUUUUUAUUAAAUUAUUUAUUCUUGUUUUAUUUCAGGUAAGGGUCAUACAUUUUCAGAUAAUUUUGAGAUAUUUAUUUAUGCAGUUGAAAAGGCAUUAGGUUGUAAUAAUGUGACAAAAAAAGAAAAACAAAGGCAGUUAUGGGUAUGAGCAUUUUUAUAUUCAUAUACAUUUUUCGGUUAUGUAUAUAUGUUUGCCUGCUAACAGAACUUGGCUGAUUACAGUCAAUUGCUAACAGUAUUGAAUGAAUGUAAAAAAAAAUAAACAUUCAUUUACAAAGGGAGGACUAAAGACAACAGAAUAAUUUCAAUUUACUUAAUUUAUGUUCUAACAUUGAUUUUCAGUAUUGAAAUGUUUAUUGCUGCUUUUUACAUUUAUUGCUACAAAAGUACAUGACUAACUUGAGCCUGCAAUCUGCCAUCAUUACAGCCACAAUUUAAUUACUUAAUAGUGGAUAUUUGUUUUUAAAUGUUUUUUCCAAAUUAUAUUACUCUUGCAUUUAUUGAAAUUGUACUGAUAUCCAUUUACUGGCUUUAUUUCAUUUAAAUAAAGUAUAGAACUGGUCCAUGAGUCCUUAGACAAAUGAACCAACUGGCUAAUUUUGAUGGACUUCUAAAAGAAAAGAUUACAAUUUCUAGUAAUUGUAGUAUUUUGUAAAUUUUAUUCAUUAUUUUCUUUUUAAUAUUUCAACAUACAUAAUGUGCCUCUUGUGAGGAUCAUUUGGUGUUUCUUGUUCACCAUUUAAAAAAAUGUAUAAGAUCUAAAACAUUUUACUUCAAUCAUAUGCUAAGCUUUUGUUUUAAAUCAUCUGAAAGUAUUAAAAUAACAUAAUAUUAAUUAUAUAACCUUUGAUGUCUAGUUUAUUUAUUUUAAACAUCAAACAUAGUAUUCAUGUGUGACUUAACUUUGGAAGAUUGCUAUUCAUGACAUCAAAAGAGGAAUGUACUUUUUAUUGUACAUUUAAUACUUUUAACUUUAUUUUCCAUGACAGUAGCAAGACCAUUAAUUUUGCAGUGACUUGGGAGAAACCUGUUAUAAAAAGAUAUAUUAUAUUAUAAAAUACCACAUUGUGAUUCAUUACAGGACAUACAAAUGGUCAAACAGAAUGUUGCAUUCAGAGCUUUAACAAUUAACACCAUCUAUCUUGGAGAGAAAUUAGCAUAUGAAGAAGUCUGAAUGAAGGGGGCGAGCUCAUAUGACUAUAUAUUACUGGUAUUUUGUGCCCAAGUUAUCAUAUGGACAGCUAAAUUUGGAUUUCAUAGAGGUGCAGAAGUAAAGUUUUUCUUGUAUCUAUUUUUAUAAGCAAUAUAACUAUCUAUUGUGUUUUUA